AUGUUUUCUUCCGACUUUACAUACAACUUGCCCGAGGCAAGCAUGAGCAAUGAGUCUUUAGACUAUUUACCAUUUAACCCCCAGAAGCUCUCGGAUUUUCAAACCUCUCCUUUCAAGCCUGCGCAGGUUAUUGCGACUGAACAGGCCAUGAAUCAAUGGCCGGACAUACAAGGACCGUCGCCGACCGCCAAUUCUCGAAUCUCCCAAGGCGGACGACUCGAGAACGGAUUCCAGAGGACAGGAAAUGGUCGCUCUCAGCCUAUAUCUCCUAUGGUCGAAUCAUCAGACGACCUGACAAUAGGAGAGUUGCGCCAUAUGAAGAAGAGAUAUGAUCAGAUCGACAUGCGGAUGGAUACAAUCAUGGAAAACUUAAAACAUCUCAUGGCUCAUGCCAACCGGGUUGGAAACUUUGCAGAAAGAAUCCAUCAAUUGGACACCCUUUCCAGCCAGCUGGAGAAUAUUCGGGCCAAUACCAAGCGUCUGGACAGGCAGUUAAACGAAAACUGUGAAGAGAUGAGGAGGGAGGUCAAACGGAUUGAUCGUAUGGUUGAAACAUAUGAGUAUAUCCAGAAAAAGUUCCAAGGCUUGCUUUGCCGUCUAUCCAGACGACGCAGUGCCGAUGACUGUCGAGCAGCGCCGGGUGAAGAGGAAUUACUGGUGUAA